ACUGUCAUAUUCCACACACACACACAAACACCUUUUAAUAAAGUGCACAGGUCUGUCUGUCAGAUGAGACAUAGGUUCCUGGACAGAGGAGAAGUCUGGACCUAAAUGGAGUCCACCCUCCCCAAAGCUCUAGCUGGAGCCGGCGCUGCGGGUGUCCAGCAGCCAGCGACAGUCCCUCCUGGUGGUUUGCAGCCAUUGGCUGAGGCAGACCAGCCCGCAGACCUGGACCAAUCUGGACACCCGGCAGGAGCAAAAGAUGGACAGGAGUUGAACUCAUUUGACAGCUCUCUGUCCUCCUCGGACAGCGAGGAUGAGGGUAUAGGCAAGAGAGACAAGAAGAAGAAACGGCUAAAGAAGAAGAAGAAGAAGGAGAAGAAGAAAGAUUCCAGCUCAGCAUCAUCAUCAUCAUCAUCUUCCUCCUCUUCUUCUUCCUCCAGCAGCUCCUCAGACAGUGACAGUGAGGAUGACAAGAAGAAGAAAAAGGAGAAGAAGAACAACAACAACAAAAACAAGGAUGAGAAGAAAGAGUAUGGCUGGGACAGUGUUAGCACGUCUGCUCCUGAUGGCCAAAUGGAACAGCAGAAUGCAGAAGGUCUGACGAUGAGCCAGGAUUUUGACUCAUCAGAUGACGAGAAUGACAAGAAGAAAGAGAAGAAAAAGAAGAAGGACAAGAAGAAGAAGAAGAAAAAGAAGAAGGAUUCUUCCUCAUCUGACAGUUCAUCCUCCGACAGUGAGGAUGACAAGAAGAACAAGAAGAAAAAGAAGAUGAAAAAGAAGAAAAAGGCCUCCAGCUCCUCGUCAUCCUCCUCUGACAGCGACGAUGACGAGAAGAAAAAGAAGAAAAAGGACAAGAAGAAAAGGAAAAUGAAAGACAAGAAAAAGGAUUCCCGCUCUUCAUCAGCAUCUUCAUCUUCUGACAGUGAUAAAGAUAAGAAGAAAAAGAAGAAGAAGAAGGACAAGAAAAAGAAGAAGGAUAAGAAAAAGGACGAAGAGCAGAAUGAGCUCUGCAGUGCUACUGCUCUUUUAGCAAUAAAUGGUGAGCUUGCAGGACCAUUUGCUGACGGAGAUAAAAAGAAAGAUGAAGUUGCUGACAAGGCCAAGAAAGAGCUUAAAGCCACAGAAGAAGGCAAACUGUCCUCUGGAUCGGCAGGGGGAGCAAAAGCAUUCCCUAUUGGUAUUGAGGAAGGCCACCUGAGUGAUGAUGAGGGAGAAGGAGGGGAGGAGAAGGAUAAGAAGAAGAAGAAGAAGAUGAAGAAGAAGAAAAAGGACUCAUCCAGCUCCUCUUCUUCAUCUGAUAGCUCCUCCUCAGACAGUGAAGAUGACAAGAAAAAGAAAAAGAAGGUGAAGAACAAGAAAGAUAAGCUUUGUGCCUCCUCCUCAUCCUCUGAUAGUGAAGAGGACAAGAAGAAGAAAUAUAAGUGGCUGAAGAAGAAGCAGGAUUCCAGCUCUUCCUCCUCUGAUAGUGAAGAUGACAAGAAGAAGAAGAAAAAGAAGGAGAAGAAGGAGAAGAAGAAGGACUCUUCCUCAUCUGACAGUGAGGAUGACAAGAAGAAGAAGAAGAAGAAAAAGAAGUCCAGCUCUUCAUCUUCCUCGGAUAGUGAUGAUGACAAGGUGAGAUCACACACACAAACACAUUAA